CUGGUUUAGUACUUACUCGUGACGUCAGGAAUCGUCUGUGAAAAUGUUGAGGUUAAUCAUCGCUGUGGGGAUUUUCUUCCUUUUCUGCGACGCCCAGGAUGCGUUCUUCGAUGGCAGGACCACCAUUGAGCUCCACCACUUCCUGCACGAGUCAGGGCCCACGUUCAGGGGCAACAUCAGCCUGAGCAGCGACGGUCACGCGCGCAUCAGCCAAGAACAGCUGUCCGAGGAAGACAGGCUAAAGCUGGUGGAUCUGGCCAGGAGAGAUGGCUUCUACAGGCUCAGAGCGACAGUGGAAGGCAUUUCCGGAAAGCCUGUUGAGCUGUUCACCUCCACAAAAGCGUGUCUUCUGCUGAAGAACUUCCUUCUGGACAACUUGUGGGUGUCUCUGGAUCAUCUGGGGAGUGUGAUUGGCAUACAUCAGGUUGUGGCUGGCAGCCAAGCGUGCGCUGAAGGUGAGCAAUUAACCGCUGAAUUUGCUGGAGAGUUCACGACUGGAGUGUUCGUGAAGCAGAGCGAACUGGCGCCCAUUCCGGACACAGCCAGCUUCAUCCAGAAACUAGAACGAGAACGUGAGGCUCGUGAGCGUGGAGAAGUGAAGGACAACCGUGGAUUCUUUGCCAAAUACUGGAUGUACAUCGUUCCUGUCGUCAUCCUGCUUCUGCUCUCCGGAGCCACCAAUCCAGACGCCGCAGCCGGCGGCGGUGGAAGAUAGAGCCCAAGAUUCUCUGAAUAGACUAAUUUAUUUCCCCGAAAACUA